UAGGGGACGACAAGGGGCGCGGUUUCGGUGUAAGUGGGUUAGACUGUCCACGUGUAUGUUCCAUGUGAGUCUAACACGCAAACCUGGGGUCUGAUGCGUGAUCGUGCCGUGCAGGAAAUACCAACCAAACACAAAUAAAACACAAUAAUAUCGAAAGAAAGUAGAAGAUGAAGAUGAAGAUGAAGAGGAAAGUGCAGGAGACGGCGGUGAUGGAGAUGGAGAAGGAGAACGAGGAGGAGCUGUCGGACCUCUCAGAGGAGGAGGAUGGAGACGAGGGGGGUGGUGGUCCAGGGGGCCCACUGAAGAGGAGUCGUGUUCAGGGGAAGAGUUUGGGGGAUGGGGUCCUGAAGCCUGUAAAACUGACCAAGCAGGAGCUGUACAAACCCCCCACUAAUGAGGAACUGAACCGCCUGCAAGAGACCGAGAGCCUCUUCCACUCCAGCCUGCUGAGGAUGCAGAUGGAGGAGCUUCUGAAGGAAGUGACUCUUUCUGAGCGCAGGAGAAAGGCGAUCGACUCGCUCGUGCAGGAAGUGACAUCGCUGCUGGCUAGUGUCCCUGAGACGACUGACACAGAGCUGAGUGAUCAGUCCUGGGUGCCACGUGGUGUGAAGGUGCCCCUGCUGCAGGUCCCCUACUCUGUGAAGGGACGCUUCAGAAUGGCACCCCCCCUCUCUGUCAAGCUGGUGGGCAGCUACCCCCUGGGCACCUGCUCCAAACCUGACGUCAAUGUGGACCUGGCCGUCACCAUGCCAGCGGUCCUGCACCCAAAGGACUACCUGAACCAGCGUUAUCACCGCAAGAGGGCGCUGUACCUCACCGGCCUGGCACACCACCUGUCCUCCAGCCACGCCUUCGGCAGCCUGCGUUUCACCUAUCACCAUGGGAACCACCUGCGACCCCUCCUUCUACUCACUCCGCAGGGUAAGGAGGAGCGCUCGGUGACCCUGCGGCUCCACGUCUGCCCCCCCGCCGGGUUCUUCAAGCCGAGCCGAUUCCACCCCCGCAAAAACAACGUGCGCACGGCCUGGUUCCUGGGCCAGGAGACCCCCCAGCAGGACAUCAGCGAGCCACCCACCCCUCACUACAACAACUCUGUGCUGAGUGACAUGCUGCUGGAGUCCCACAAGAGCUUCCUGUCUGCCAGCGCUGCCGACUUCCCCGGCUUCAGGGAGGGGGUGGCUGUCAUCAAGGUGUGGCUGCGUCAGAGAGAGCUCCACCAGGGCUAUGGCUGUUUCAGUGGCUUCCUGGCCUCCAUGCUUGUCGCCUACCUGCUCUCCAAACACAAGAUCAACUCCAUGAUGAGCGCAUACCAGGUGCUGAGGAACGUGCUCCAGUUUCUGGCCACCACGGACCUGACAGAAAGCGGGAUUACUCUGGCGAAAGGCACAGACAGCACGCUGCCGGCCCUGUCCGAGUUCCACGAUGCUUUCCAGGUGGUGUUUGUUGAUCCCUCGGGUCACGUCAACCUCUGCGGAGACAUGACUGCCAGCAAAUACAGACAGGUACAGCACGAGGCACGUCUCUCCAUGCAGGUGUGGGACAACCCCAAACUGGACGGGUUUCAUGCCCUCCUGAUGACCCCCAAGCCCCUGGUCCGCACCUUCGACCACAUCUUUCACCUACCCGCUGUGGUGAAGCUGCAGGCUGCCUGUAAGAAAAUGGAGCUGCUGUCUGAGCUCAUGGACCACGCUGGGAACUACGUGGCAGCGGCUCUGCCUUUCAUCAUGUCCCUCCUGCAGCGAGGGCUGGGAGACAGAGUCCGGCUUCUGGCACACUCCCUGCCUCAGAGCCCCGAGUGGACGAUCGACUCUGAGCCCCCCAAACACAAAGACAAGGGGCUGCUGUCCUUCGGGUUGCUCCUGAAUCCCGAGUUCAGUACAAAUACACUGGAGAGGGGACCCCCAGCCGACAGCGCACAGGCGCUGGAGUUCCGUAAGCUCUGGGGUGAGAGGGCGGAGCUGCGGCGCUUCCAGGACGGCUCGAUCUGCGAGGCUGUGGUGUGGCAGGGGGGAUCUGCGUUCCAGAAGAGGCUGAUCCCGGAGCAGAUCAUCAAGCACCUGCUGCAGCUACAUGCAAAUAUCCCAGAGUCCUCGGUGCGCUACGUGGGGGCGCUGCUUGAUGAGGUCAUCAAGGUGGGACGAGAGGGCGGCAGCACUGGGGAGGAGGCGAGUGUGCAGGUGAUCCAGUCCUACGAUGACCUGAGCCGCAAGCUGUGGAACCUGGAUGGGCUGCCCCUGACGGUGACCUCGGUACAGGGGGCUCACCCCGCGCUGCGCUACACCCAGGUGUUUCCUCCUGUCCCGAUGAAGCCUGACUACUCCUUUUUCCGGGUGGAGAAAUCCCACCGCUCCCUACUGCCCCUGGAAGGGAAGCCCUGCCCUGCAUACGUCCCGGCGAUCAAGGUGAUUUGCCACAUGGAGGGCAGUGGGAAGUGGCCCCAGGACCGGGAGGCGAUCCGGCACAUCAAGGCUGCCUUCCACAUCCGCCUGGGAGAGCUCCUGGGACAGCAGCACCGACUCAUCUGCCGACCCGCACCCACGCACCUCGACGUCUACAAGGACGGGCUGGUGUUCCGGGUGCAGGUGGCCUAUCACCGGGAGCUACAAAUCCUGAGGGAGACGGUGACUCCCGAGGGGAUGGUGCGUUACCGUGACAACGAGGAGGCCCUGCGGCUUGAGCUGGAGACAGUGCACCGGCCCUACCUCACCAGCACACUGCACGGGCUCCAGCAGCAGCACUCUGUGUUUGGUGCCACGGCCCGACUGGCGAAGCGCUGGGUCGGUGCGCACCUCCUGAGCGCCAGCCUGAGCGAGGAGAGCGUGGACCUGCUGGCAGCAUCUCUGUUCCUGCAGCCUGCGCCACACACAGCGCCCAGCUCCCCGCAGGUGGGAUUCCUGCGCUUCCUUCACCUGCUCGUCUCAUUUGAUUGGAGGAACGACCCUCUCAUUGUGAACCUCAACGGUGACAUCACAGCCACGGAAAUCACGGAGAUUAGAAACGAUUUUAUCGCCUCCCGCUCCUCGCUGCCUGCCAUGUUCAUCGCCACCCCCAAAGACAAGAAGAACUCAGUCUGGACCAAAGAGGGGCCGUCCGUGCAGAUCCUGCAGAGGCUGAUCGUUCUGGCUGCAGAGAGCCUGCGGGUCCUGGAGACACAGCUGACGGACCCAAGUCAGCCGCAAGACGUCAAGAUGGUGCUGCGUCCUCCCCUGGAUAUCUACGAUGUGCUGAUUCACCUGAACCCCAAGCAGGUUCCUCUGCAUGCACAGGCCGUCGACACGCCGCGCAUCGUUUUCAGCAGGGGGGCGCUGCCGAGCGGGGCGGCAGGGGGCUCGGGUAACAUGCCCGUCGUCGACUUCAACCCCGUCGCCUGCUACCUGAGCGAGCUGAGAGAUGCCUUUGAAGAGCUGGCGUUGUUUUUCUGUGACCCGUUCGGAGGCACGGUGAUUGCAGUGCUGUGGAAACCACAGGCCUUCGCACCCCAGCCAUUCCGGACGGCCCAUGUGAAGGCCCGGCUGGUGCAGGUGAAGGGGAGCGAGGCGCAGACCGUGCCCAACGUGGAGGCCAUCCUGGAAGACUUCGAGACCCUCGGGGCGGGGCUGGUGCGGGAGGUGGAGGUGCGCAGCGAGCGGUGGACUGUCUGAGGACCCCCCCCCCCGAUCACCCCUCCUGCCUCCCCCAAAGACCCCUCAGGUGUUGAGGCUGUGUGGAUCUACUCCAUGCCUGAUUUGAUGACUGUAUCUCUACUCUGUGUUGGAUUGAUGGCGAUAUCUGAUAUGCUCCAUGCUGGAGUGGUGGCUGCAGCCUGCCCUCUCGGGAGUCCCGUUGUAUACAUUACGUUUUCUACAGUCAUUUUGGUUUUAUGCUUUGUUUAAUUUGAUAAUGUAAGGCGACUGCACCUCCUGUUUGGUCUUUCCAGUUGUGGCUGUUUAAUAGAGGUGUAGAAGCAUAGGCGGUAUGCAAUACAGGGUCUUUAUAAUGCAGUCGCCUUGUUAUUUCAGACCUGGACUGGACCACAGCCCUUACUAGCUUUUUAUUAGAGGUGUAGAAGCAUCGGCGGUAUGCAAUACAGGGUCUUUAUAAUGCAGUCGCCUUGUUAUUUCAGACCUGGACUGGACCACAGCCCUUACUAGCUUUUUAUUAGAGGUGUAGAAGCAUCGGCGGUAUGCAGUACAGGGUCUUUAUAAUGCAGUCGCCUUGUUAUUUCAGACCUGGACUGGACCACAGCCCUUACUAGCUUUUUAUUUUUGGUCAUUUUGCUGACCCAUUCCGGCACAAUGAGAAUUGAAUCUCGACCCACAUGUGAAGAAAACAGGCAUCUGAAUACAUACAUCAUUUCCAAUUACACAGAUUCCUCUGUAAUGUAACCCUGUCCAAUUAAAAAACCCUCCUUCUCA